UUUUGUCCCUCUCGUGGCUCCAGCGGGAGAGAAGGAGGAAGAGGGAGCCCGGGGGGGGGAGGGAGGGGAAGGGAAGGGAGCCGGCCGCCGACACCUCCACCGCCGUCUCCACCACCGCUACCCCCCGGCGCCUCCACCACCGCCGCCGCUUCUCUGUGCUCUGGAGCGUGGGGAAGGGGCGGACGGGGCCGUGAGGCCAGGGGGCGGGCGGCGGCGCCGCCGCUGCUGCUACUGCUGCUGGGACCGAGCGGGGUCGAGCGGAGCCGGGCCGGGCCGGGCCGGGGGGUGGGGGGAGGGCCGGUGAGGAGGCGCCGCCGCCGGGGCCGGGGCCAGGGUAGAGGAGGAGGAGGAGGCGAUGGCGGAUAUCGAUAAGCUCAACAUCGACAGUAUCAUUCAACGGCUGCUGGAAGUGAGAGGGUCGAAGCCUGGUAAAAAUGUCCAACUACAAGAGAAUGAAAUCAGAGGACUGUGCUUGAAAUCACGGGAAAUUUUUCUCAGUCAGCCUAUCCUGUUAGAACUUGAAGCACCACUUAAAAUAUGUGGUGAUAUUCAUGGACAAUAUUAUGAUUUACUUCGGCUUUUUGAGUAUGGUGGUUUCCCACCGGAAAGCAACUACCUGUUUCUCGGAGAUUACGUGGACAGAGGGAAGCAGUCCUUAGAAACAAUUUGCCUUCUACUGGCCUACAAAAUCAAAUACCCAGAGAAUUUUUUUCUUCUUAGAGGGAACCAUGAAUGUGCCAGCAUCAAUAGAAUUUAUGGAUUUUAUGAUGAAUGUAAAAGAAGAUACAACAUUAAACUAUGGAAAACCUUUACAGACUGCUUUAAUUGCUUACCAAUUGCAGCCAUUGUGGAUGAGAAAAUAUUCUGCUGUCAUGGAGGCUUAUCCCCAGAUCUUCAGUCCAUGGAGCAGAUUCGGCGAAUUAUGCGACCGACUGAUGUACCUGACCAAGGCCUUCUUUGUGAUCUCUUGUGGUCUGACCCUGAUAAAGACGUCUUAGGCUGGGGUGAAAAUGACAGAGGCGUGUCCUUCACAUUUGGGGCUGAAGUGGUUGCCAAAUUUCUCCAUAAACAUGAUUUGGAUCUUAUAUGUAGAGCCCACCAGGUGGUUGAAGAUGGAUAUGAAUUUUUUGCAAAGAGGCAAUUGGUAACACUCUUUUCUGCCCCAAAUUAUUGUGGUGAAUUUGACAAUGCAGGUGCCAUGAUGAGUGUGGAUGAAACCCUAAUGUGUUCUUUUCAGAUUCUGAAGCCUGCUGAGAAGAAGAAGCCCAAUGCCAGCAGACCUGUCACGCCACCACGGGUUACAUCAGGCCUGAACCCGUCCAUUCAGAAAGCUUCAAAUUAUAGAAACAAUACUGUUCUUUACGAGUGAUCGUUAUGCUUUCUUUGGCCUACAUGCUUUAUUCUACGGUGAAGUUGAGGCUUGUAAGUCAAAAAACAAAGGAGUUAACUUACUGUUCACCAAUUUAUACAAAACUCACAGUAUCUAUGACUUUUUUAAACCAAGAUCUGUUAAAGAAAUCUGUUUGAACAGAUGACAGUGUACUAUGCCAUGUGGUGAAAACUAAUUCAGACUUAUUAAAUGAAGAACUUGUUAAAUCCUCUCAGUGUCAAUUUAUCAGCACAAUACACACAGGAAAACUGUUGAUGGCAUAUUGAGUAGAUUUUAAUGAAUAAAUUGCUCUGGAAACCA